ACCUCGCCGUCAAACACCACCCACGACCACCAAAACCAACACACACCACCACCACCAUCACCAACUAGAGAGAGAGAGAGAGAGAGAGAGGAGGAACAUGAGAGAUGGUGGGACUGAGCAUAGUUCUAGAGUAUACCCACAAGGGUUCUAAUAACAAGAACAACAACAACAACAACCCACAGGUUAUUAACAAAGCAACCAUGAUCAAACCGUCUCCAUCUCCACCACCACCACCACCACCACCACCUCCUUCCUUGAGAAGGAAUUCUCAGCCGUGUACGGCGGCCCUACCGGCGGGGAGUUUUUUGGAGCAAUGUUUCCUAUGCGACCAGAAGCUAUUGCCUGGCAAAGACAUCUACAUGUACAAAGGGGAUAGAGCAUUUUGUAGCGUGGAAUGCAGGUGCAGGCAAAUAUUCAUGGACGAAGAAGAGAGUACUACCACUACCAGCACUAUGUACAACCGACCCAACUGUUCUUUCUCAGCCAUGAAAGCUCCACCACCACCACCCUGUUCUUCUUCUUCUCCUUCCUCUUCUCGGAAUCGCAAAGGUUCCAGAAAUCGAGCAAAUGGGUUUGCGUACUGAGAUCCUCUUCAACAACUACUUUUUUUCUUCCCUAUCUGCGGCUCUUUUUUCUUUUUUCUUUUUUUUUUUUUGAACACAUCUUUGGCUCUGUUUGAUUUAUGAAUUUGGGUGAAGAUUUAAAAAGAGAAAUGAAGGAUGUGGAUGAGAUGUGGAUGAGAUGUUGAUGAAAUAAAAUUAAAGUUUCACGCUUUUUUCCCUUUUUC